CCGCGCUGAGGUCAGAUGCGAGCGGGCGCCGUCACAAAAGGAAGUGGUGGCGGGGACGGCUGUCAGCGCGGGGUGGGGGGCCUGUCGGGCAGCGCGACGGCGGCGGGGCAGCGGCAGCAGCAGCCUGGGCGGCGGGGGCCGCGCCGCACCAUGGCCCAGCAGCAGAUGAGCAGCUCACAGAAAGCGCUGAUGCUGGAGCUGAAGUCGCUGCAGGAGGAGCCGGUGGAGGGCUUCCGCAUCACCCUGGUCGACGAGUCCGACCUCUACAACUGGGAGGUGGCGAUCUUCGGGCCCCCCAACACCCUCUACGAGGGCGGUUACUUCAAGGCUCACAUUAAGUUUCCUAUUGACUAUCCAUAUUCACCACCUACCUUCAGAUUCCUGACCAAAAUGUGGCACCCCAACAUUUAUGAGAAUGGGGAUGUAUGUAUUUCAAUUCUUCACCCACCUGUAGAUGACCCACAAAGUGGAGAGCUGCCCUCCGAGAGGUGGAACCCUACCCAAAAUGUCAGGACUAUCUUACUGAGUGUAAUCUCUUUGCUUAAUGAGCCCAACACAUUCUCUCCUGCCAACGUGGAUGCAUCAGUCAUGUUCAGGAAAUGGAGGGACAGUAAAGGAAAAGACAAGGAGUAUGCUGAAAUCAUAAGGAAACAGGUUUUGGCUACCAAAGCUGAGGCAGAGAAGGAUGGCGUGAAGGUCCCCACUACACUGGCAGAGUACUGCAUCAAAACUAAAGUGCCUUCCAAUGACAACAGUUCAGAUUUGCUUUAUGACGACUUGUACGAUGAUGACAUUGAUGACGAAGACGAGGAGGAAGAGGAUGCCGACUGUUACGAUGAUGAUGAUUCUGGCAAUGAGGAGUCGUGACCUGCUCCCUCUAUGCCCCUGUACUGCCCUGUCAACUCAGGCCAGAAGGGAGCAGUGGUAACCUAGCAGGAGUCCAGCAAAAAAGUAGUGGUGGGGGGAGGGGGGGAAAUCAAAAAAACUGUCUCCUGCUGUCUCCUGUUGUAUGGAUCUGUUUGCUCCUUUUUUAUGGACCUCUUAGAGACCCUCCACAGAAUGUCUGAAUUCUUGCAUUCUUAACCCUUUCAUCGCUGUAUUAUGAUUUCUUUUUUUAAAAGAAAUUCCCUUUUUCACUUCUACAAAAUGCUCACAGUGAAACAGGUUUGCUUGUGUUUAGAUUCUUGAAUUAAAUACAGUCUUGCAUUGAGAUGUUUAAUGUAUUUAAAGCUGGAACAAACCCACUGGAAGACGAAUUUUCAGGAGCUCAAGUACUGCAUUUACUGGGAAGAAAAAAAUCCACACAAAGCAAAUUGCCAGGAUUUAGCUGCUCCAUUUACAAUAAUAGCGUGUGUACAUUUGUUUAGCCUUGUGGUGGUGGCUUUUCCUUUAUAAGGUGUGGGGUGGAAAGUGUAAAGCUACUGUGUGUUGAGCUUGAUGGGAUGUUACUGAAAGGUACAGGAAUCUGUUUAGCCUGAUCAAAUUAGGAAAUAGCUGACCCCUGGAUCCCCAGAGGGCACAAUCAGCUUUGUCUCUGAAAAAGGCUUGUGAUAUGAACCCUAAAAUAAACACUUAACACUUCACGUCUGUACAACUGAGCCCUGGGUUGCAUUAUUUUUUCAGACUAGGUUUGGGUUGAAAAAGUUUCAUUUAGCCAUUCUUCUGGGAUCUGUUGUCAGCUGCCUCUCUACUGAGGGAGGAAAACAGAAGUGUAUCCCACUGCCCAGUGGGCCAGCAUUCAUCCUGAACUUCUUUUUGGCAGUAGGAGAGUCUCCUUCUCCAGUGCUUGCUAGUAGCCCUUGCUUCCUGCAGCCCAAGUCCAGUGCUGGCCUGAGCCUUCUUUCUGUUGCUUAUGUAGGUCACCUGCUGGUAAAUGCAGCUCUGCUGUAGCUCUGUGGGGUUGGCAGAAGAUAAAGCUCCCUGGGGCAGCCAGGCUGUUCCUGUGCCUGCAGUGGCUUCUGGGACCUAGGGCAGAGAGAUGGGUGGCUGCUGGGCUCUCUCCUGCCUGGCUGGCUGGGGCACAGGUGGAUGUGUGCAGCCCCACAAAGAGAAGGGUACACAAUGCUUUCAGGCUGAAAAAGAAAGCCAGCAAUCAGGGUUUGACAGCCUUUUUAGGAGUAUGCUUCAGCUGGUGCCCUGAGCUCAGUCUCCUGCACGAUUUUGGGAGCUCUUGGCAGAGCUUAGGGCCCUCAGCACCCUCAUCCCUUUGGAGUGUGCUCUUGUUCAGCUGUAGUGCAGUGCCCUGAAUUCACCUUUCACAUGGAUUGGCAGCCAGCCCUGCCCUUCUGCGCUGAGCUCUGGCAGCCCCAGGAGCAGAUCAGAGGUGCUGGCCCUGCUUGGGCGAGACCCUCUGUUCUCACAAGAGGCAGUCACCCUGAUAAGAACUGCAGGCUCAGGCAUUUGGUAUAGCUUGGUGGUUUUAAUGAUACAUCACCAGCUGCAGUCCCUCAAGAGGUACUUUGGUGGGAGUAAACGUUGUUCUGUGAUCAGCUUGGUGGGAGGCAAAGAGCAAGAUGAGAGUGAGCAAGUUUAAAGUGUGUUGCCUGGAGGGAGAGGAGGGGAAGGCAACCCUUGGGGAGGGGAGGAAGGCUUGUGGGGCUCUGUUUGAAGUUAUCAGAAUGUUGCUUGGCUGGGGUUUGCUGCAGCAAGGACAGUCCCUGUCCCUCUGCCCCAGCUUGUGCUAGUGUGCCCUCAGCAGAAUGAAGGCAGCCCAAGUGGUAAUACCUUGUCCCCAGUGUGUUCUGUGAUGGUCUGCCCUCCUGCUUGCUUUUUACCUAGGGAGGCAGCUGGAACCUGGGACAGAGUAGAAAUUUUCCAAGGUAGAAAUCCAUUUUGAUUUAGGUGAAAUUUACAUCUUUAAGUUGUCUGUAGUUUGAAAACAUAGCUAUUUAGUCUGACUGCCUGUUCUCUGUGAAAAGCCUAGGCUCAGAGAAACUGCUUCAGCGAAGGACAGAGAUAAGGGGGAGGGAGACAGAGACUGCUGAAGGGGGCAGGUCAACCUGACCUAAGAAUUUAAGAAUUCUUUCUGAUAAAGAAGAACUAGCUCCAAAUGUCACAAAAAAUUUGUAAAAAUGAAUAUGUAUGAACCUAUUGUGAAAUUAUAUGCAUAUGUAUUUGAGAGGGAGGUAAAAAGGGACCUGAAGUUCCCAGAAGUACGCAUGUCAUUUUAGGGGAAGAUUCCCACAUGCGUCCAGCGCUGUAAUAAACAUACCGGCUUCACAACUUUCACAAAGUUGUGGAGUUUUGAUUAUCCCCGCAAAACAAACCCUCCUAAAGUGUCCCACAAGGGCUCUUUCAGGUCAUCCUUCCAUCAAGGACUAACAGCCCCUGGUGCUUUUUGGAGCCAGCAGAGAGCCCCCCCACCUCAGCUCCCAGCUUCACACCAGCCCUGGGAGAGUGAUGCUGGUGUUGGCAAAUGGGCCUCUGGCACUCGAUGCAAGACUGGUCUCAAGGCCACACUGGGCCAGGAACAUCAGCCUCCAGCUUUGAGGGGCUGUUGGGGGCAUGAAGGAACAGAGUAUGACAACACUGGCUGUGCUCACUUGGUUUGAAAUGAUACUGCAUCUUUCAGGAUUUCCCUUGUAUUUUUGACUGUCUUCACUGUUCACUGUAUGCUCUCCAGUGAGUUGUAUUUUCAAGCUUGGUGUUGUAAGAUGCAUUAUCUCAUGUUAACCUUUUAAAGACAAAAAGCAACCUAUUUUGAGAGCUCUGACCAUAACCAAACUAAUUUCUCUUCUCCACUAUCCUGUUCAGUGUCAUUGCUUGUUGACUUGCUGGUUUCAUUUUUUGAGAUAUAAACUGAAAUGAGGGUAUUAUGUCUGGGGCUUUUUUUGUUUUGUUUUGUUUUGGGGUUUUUUUACCUAUUUAAGAAAGUGUGGAAAAAUGUUUACCUGAUCUUUGUAUUCUGGUUUUUUCUUAACCUUUUUCUCAUCUCAGCCAAUAUUAGUGUUUACAUUUGCAACUACCUGCCCUUUCAAAUACAGUUUUCAACCAUUCUGAAACCAGCAGGGUACACUACAUUUAUUAGUAGUUUUUGUAGCUGAAAUCCCAGAUGGUUUCCUUUUUUUCUUCAGUAUAAUUUAUCAGAAACAAUUAACUGAUGCAUUUUUGUGUCGUCUUCCCCUUCAGUAGUUAUGUUUUGUCUUUUCUGCACAUCUAUUAAUAAAAUGUGAAAUGAAUAUAUGCCA